GAGAGAGAAUACGACCAAGUCUUUUAUAGAAUAAACUGAUAGAAUCAGAUCAUUGGUGUAUCUUUUUUAAGUAGUAGGUGGUUCUAAACAACUGGAAAGAAGUCUUUAAAAAAAAAAAGGUUAUCUGUUAUUGUAUUUAAAUAGCUGGGUUUUUAUUAAGACUGUAUUGUUAUGUCGUUUUAUUUUCUCUGUCAUAUUCUGUGAAAGGAUAACUCACUGUGCCAUGGUCGCAGCGUGGGGCUAUUUUUAGUCGGUCGUUUUGUUCUCUGUCGUUUUCGUUAGAGAUUAUGGACAACUGAUUUCACGGCUUUUGUUUACACGCUGGGAAACAGAUUGUUUUAUUCGGCGUCAGCGCGUUUAAUUAAUAUACAAGAUAUAAGUCUGAUAACUCUUUAUCUUAACUUGGAGUUCAACAGAGUUGUCUUCUACUGGAUGUCACGUGAUAUUUGAUACUAUAUCCUGUGCCUUUGUUCUACUACCAUGACAGACACUCAGUCAACGCGCGGACACUGCCGGCUGGGCAGCCCAAGGACGACAGACAGGAACCGAAACGUCAAGGUCAAGGAUUGUGACCUGCUCGACGACAUGGAAGAGGACGAGGAGGAGGAGUUUUUCCAGAACCACUCUCCAGAGCCGCCGCUGGACGGGAAUGUUCCAUCCAGCGGCGUGACGGGAGGUCUGGCGAUCAAGCACGUGGGAGGGGUGCCGACAACGAUCUCCAUGACCAAUUACUUCACCGGCUUUGUGGGCGUAUUUCAAGCCGUUCUACUCAUCCUGAUUGCUAUGAGCGAUAUCGCCCUACGGCGGGCCCUGGGUCAGGGGGCCCGAGUGCUACGUCAGACCAGAGCAAUGUUCACAACGUCCGCAACCGAAGAGGCCACGGCCCCGACUGCAUCGACUCCCGCUACGGAUAUCAAACCUUUUACAGAUCUACCCGGCCCCAAAGGCUGGCCCAUUCUCGGCUCGUUUCCUGAUUACUUCAAGAAGGAAAACCAAGGGCAGAUGCACGAGUUGAUGCGUCGCCGACACCGACAGUUUGGGAAAAUAUUCCGCGAGCAGUUUGGCCCGAGGCACAAUGUGGCUGUCGCCGACCCUGCCUUGCUGGAGGAGAUCCUCAGGAAAGAGGGGAAAUACCCGUCCAGGCCCCCUUACGAGUCUUGGGUGCUGUACAACACUCUGAGGAAUAGGCAGGGAGGACUUAUGACCAGUGACAAGGAAUACUGGAGGAGGAGCAGGAGCGCCCUGGCCACAAAACUGCGCCCCAAAGCUGUGAGCGAUUAUGUGGAAGGUAUGAAUCAGGUGUGCGUUGACCUAGUGGACAGAAUCGGAUAUCUGAAGGAUGAGAAAGGGGGGACCCAUCUUGUGCCAAGGCUGCUGAACGAACUCAAUAAAUUCACAAUGGAAACCAUUUUGUAUAUAAUGCUAAACAAACGAAUCGGAUGCCUUGAUAGAGAGGUGUCAGAGAAAGUCAACAACUUCAUCCAGUCCAUAGCUACCAUGUUCUUGACGGGUCAUCAGCUUAUGGUCUACGCCAACCUCCACAAACUCUUGAGGACACGCCCCUGGAAAGAACAUGUGCAGUCUUGGGAUAAAAUAUACGACUUUGCUGCUGACCUCAUUAAUCAACGUAUCGACGAAGUGAGCAAAGAACUAGAGUCCGGAGAAACAGUUGAAGGGGAGCAUGUAGACUUUAUGAAAUAUGUCGUCUCCACGCACCAGUUGUCCAGAAAUGAAAUAGUUGAUAACAUCAUUGAGAUAUUUAUGGGUGGCAUUGACACGACAGCCAAUUCUCUGGCAUUCCUGUUCUAUUUGUUGGCCAAAAAUGAGCACAUACAAACAAAGCUUAUUGCAGAGAUUGACAAUGUGCUGGGGAAAAGACAACCUGGCAGCUCAGAUUUGCAGAACAUGUCCUACCUGAAAGCCUGUGUCAAGGAAACAUUGAGGCUUUUCCCACCUAUUCCCAUGAAUGCUAGGACAACAACAGAAGACAUGACCAUUGGUGGCUACUUUAUACCCAAAGAUACGAUCUUAAUGUUGAAUGUUUAUGUGAUGUCACAUGAUGAAAAUAUCUUCCCUGACCCCGAUGAGUUCAGACCUGAUAGGUGGAUGAGAGGGGAAGAAGAAGUCGCUCCAUCUCCUUUCUCCUUUGUACCAUUUGGUUUUGGUACCAGAAGUUGUGUUGGUCGAAGAAUAGCUGAAAGUCAAAUCUAUUUAGCUACAAUACAGAUAUUGCAGAGAUAUUGGUUGAAGAAGAGUGAUAAAUUUGAUAUCAAGCCAUCUGUCCGAACACAGUUUACACCUGGGCCUGAACUCCCAGUCAUGUUUGUAGAGAGAUAAAUAAAAGCUAGACAAUUAAAGUGAUGUCUCAUUUUAGUCAGAUUAUGUAUUACUUCAAUGGCCAAGUACUCUAUGUUGUCACUGAACUAUGAACAAACAAAGACUUUGAUAGAAAAAAAAUACCUUGGAAAGAAAUAUUCAAGAGAUCUCCAGGUCUGCAAACAAGCAAUCAGUAGUUUUGUUUCUGCAAUAACAAAACAAAUGUUUAAGAAGUUGUGUUUUUUUUUAAUGUAUACUUAAUACACUUUAAAAUGAGAUACCUUUCUGGAAGACUCAGUGGCAUGGUCAUACAUUAUUUCAUUGGCCUACCCAGCCAUCUGUUAAAUAGAAUAAAUAUUUUUGUCCUUUGCGAUGAAUGAGGUAAAUAAUUUAACUAAACUAUUAUUAUAAAACAUGCUACUUUAUCGUGCACAGUGUGGUCUCCUUUUUAUAGACUUGGGGUAGUGGUGUUUGGGAAAACAUUUCCAACAACCCUUUUACACAACUAGCAAGGACAGCUCAAGUAAAAUGUGAAAUUAAAUAAUUCCUAGUCUAUUGGGAUUUGAACUCACUGUCAAGUGGCCAAGCACACAUCUAUAUGUCUUAGUCAUAUAUGUGUAGUAAUGGCUAGUUGGUAUAUUAUAUAUAUUUUACUUUAAGGUUUUGUUAUUCCUAGUAUGUCAUAAAUUAAAGAUAAGAUACAACAAGAAAAAAAUGAAGCAAUGAUUAAACAUGCAGAGAAAAAUAAAAUUCAGAAAAUCAUAUAGAGGCAAGUAAGAAAAAUAUAACCAUUUUAUGAGGUUGUGUUAACUUAUGAAUUCUAAAGAAACUUUAGAACCUGCUAGAUCUAGUACAUUCAGAAAAAAAAGAAUUUAAAAAGUUAUAAGAUUACUAUUGUUCACAUUCAUUUUAUUUGUGUAAAAUGUUUCUUACUUGUUAGUGCUAUGUUAUAAUGACUUGUGUUAACUUUUCAACAAGAUUCGCGCAUGAAUUGUGAAUCUAUAUUAACAGUACAACAAAUAACCUAGUUUUACUAUGAAGCUUUAUCAAUUGUGUAAAUAGUUUGUUCAAAUGUUCUGAUUUUUUGUGCGUGUUAAUUUUACUGUUAUAAUUUUUUUUUUUAAAAAAAAAAGGAAAAUCUGUUUCUGUUAGUAUUGAUGACCUUGUAUAUUAGUGAAUAAAUGAAAUUAGCAGCCAUUGCUUUGGUUUCAUGACCAUUCAGUCUGACCAGUGGCGGUUGAAAAAUAAGUUUCACUCCUCCUUUUGUGUAUUAUUUUUUUCUGUAUUCAGGGUGUACAUUUCAAUGUAUCAACUGUUUGUAUAUAGUCAAGUGAAGGAACAUGUGCAAUCUUCAAUUAAAAACUUAUGCACUAAAUUAUAACAAAACAAAACAUAAAAUUGUGUCUUGCUUGUUGUUGAUGCUGUUGUUUUGGAAUGGCUAGCCACAGUGCUGGAUUUACUUUUUGAUGUAGCCACAUAUUUCACCAAUAUUGAGCUGAAGAUUGCAAACAUUAAUUAAUGUACAAUUUAUUUUUCCCAUAAUUUUGAAAUUAGUUAUGACUUAAAGUUGAUAUAACAAUCUUUAAACAUCUAUUAUCAUAUGUGGAAAACUGCUGUUUUUUGUGUUGUUGUUUUUUUUUAAUGGAAUUUUCCUGUCUAAAAAGUUUUUGUUUAUAUCGAAAAAUAAAUAUGUGUUUCAAAGUUAGAAAAUCUGGUUUACAAAUGCCAAGUAUAAUAAAAUUAAAGAUGUAUUAUUUCGAGACAAGCUAAAUUAAGUUAUGAAAAUUAUGUAGGGGGGGGGGGAAGCACAUUUUGUUAUCAUUAUAAUAAAAAAUAUUUUAUGUUUUCUGAUUAGUUCUUUAUUCUAUGCCAUAAAAACAACAACUAAAAAGUUGUUUUUUAUUCAUUAUUUUGUGAAGGUGUGAAGCAUAGGUAGGCCAAAAUUGUGCAUUAGAUUAAUUGAAAUAAUUAAUCAAUUAACUGUAUGUUUACCAGUUAUCAAGCAUUAGUCAAGUUUAUCAUAAAUGAAUUUACCUUGUAACUUGUACAAGUUUUCUCAGUUGUGCAAAGCCAUUCCUACUAAUUAAGAAAAUUAUUAUAUUAAAAACAUCAAACCUCUUGUUAUGGGAUAAAAGCUGCAGGAUUUAAACCCAAAACUAUUGUAUAUAGUAUAUAAAGCAUCACAGUAGCAUGAAAGGUAUGGAACUAUAGCCCAGAUAUUAUCAAAUCAUUUUUCAUACACUUUUUUAUUCUGUUCAUGCCUUUAUUAGAUAACUUAUUCUAGAAACUUUUGUACUUUUUAAAAUGUCUGCAAUCAAAUGAUAUUAUAAUCUAAACCAUGAGCAUUCUCUUGUUUUAGCACUUGAAAAAUGCAGACAAACUAAGCUUUUUUCUUCCUGAAUUAGUCAUAUUUGUAAUUCUCUUGAAAAAUGCAGACAAACUAAGCUUUUUUCUUCCUGAAUGAGUCAUGUUUGUGAUUCUCUUGAAAAAUGCAGACAAACUAGCUUUUUUCUUCCUGAAUUAGUCAUAUUUGUAAUUCUCUUGAAAAAUGCAGACAAACUAAGCUUUUUUCUUCCUGAAUGAGUCAUGUUUGUGAUUCUCUUGAAAAAUGCAGACAAACUAGCUUUUUUCUUCCUGAAUUAGUCAUAUUUGUAUUUUCUUGUUUUAACACUUGAAAAAUGCAGACAAACUAGCUUUUUCCUUCCUAAAUUAGUCAUGUAUGAGUUGUAUUUCAAAUUAUUGUUGCAUGUCAUGUUUUGCUGUUUAAACUGGGUUUCUGUUCAGUUAACAUUUAACAACCAAAAGAAGGGGAUGGAGAAAAUUUUUUUUAUUUCUUAGACAUCAAACAGCCUUAAUCCAGCACUGGCUAGCCAUUCAAAGUUUUUUCUGUGAACUAUUCAAAAGUUAUGCACUUGCAGAAAUAUACUAACUUUGUGUUUGUGGUCUACUGAUGCAUUUUGUAUUUUCUUGCACCAAUGUCAAUUUGAUCUGGAAAUAGUAGUUAAUUUUUUUUUUAAAAGAAGUCUUUAAAGCUUGUUUUUUUAAAUUUCUGUUUCAAUAAAAAAAAAAACAUGUUUUAAUGUUUGAAAAUGUUGGUGCUAUGUCAAAUGAAAUUGGAUGCAUUUAUUUUUUUUCAUAAACAUUAUACAUUGCUUUACAUAAGUGAUUAUUUUAAGACCAAAAAAAAAUUUUUUUUAAGCUAAAAUGUUGAUAGAAAAAUCAAAUAUGUUUUAGGUUGUUGCUUGAAAGUUUUAUAUAUAUAUAUUUGUGAAACUGUGAAUAUUAUUUAUUUAUUUCUUAUUUAUCAUCUAGCCAGCUUCAUUAAUAUAUUAAUUUUAUAACAUCAGAGUUAUUAAAAGGUAAAAUUGAACUAUAAACAUAUUACAGAAGGUCUACUUUACGAUAAGUCUAAAAUGCAUCUCUUAAGGCAUCAGUUCGGAAAAAAAGCACACAGUCACUAAGGGAAGGUCAGAUUUUAAGCUAGGCUCCUCGCAACAUGAACCUCUGCAUAAAUGCUUUAUUUAAUUUUAUAUGAGUAAUGAUAUUAAAAAAAAGGUGACUGAGCUUGCUUUAAUUUUCCCCACCAGUUGGACUACCACUGCACUCCAAUGUAUAUGUUACAAAAUACUCCAAACAGUACAUUUUUUAGGCUAAGCUAGAAUUUUUACUUAAUAAAAAUAAUGAUUAUUUUAAAAAAGUAAAUUUUAUAAAUUAUUAAUUUUUUAAUCUGGCAAACAUUAAUAGCUCUGGAAUUCAAAAGCAAUGGUAACUAAUCAUUUAUGUAAUUAAAUGUACAAAAUGUAAAUAUGUUUGUAUCUUUUGUUUAUUUUGAUAUCCUGCAAAAUUAAUUUAUUAUUGACAAGAGUUUGUUCAUUGUAUUGUAAUUACAUAAUGCAUUGUUUUGUUUGUUUUAUAAUGAGUACAAACUGUUUGAUUUUUACCAAGUGUAUAGAAAUACAAUUGAUAUUCUACCUCAAUAUUUCACAAUUUGGGUUCAAACAUAUGAUGUAGUCAACUAAGUACCACAUCGGUAUUCAACUUAGAUAAGUACAGUGUUCAACUAUAACUGUGUUUUAAUAUUUAAUAAGAAUGUAGACAAACUAUAGAUUAUCAUUUCCUGAUUUAGCACUUUAAAAUGCUGACAAGAUAGCUGUUUUCUUCCUAGUUUAAAAUGUCUGUAAUUAUUAUUUUUUUGUUAACUAGAGUCGUGUUAUAUUUUUUUGAUGUCUAAAUCUCUAUAAAGUAAGCCAAAUGAAUUUUUCUUUUUCUGUUAAUUGUUUAACAAGAAAUUACUCUUUAGUUUAGAAAGUAUUUUAUAUUGACUUAGUUCUUGAUCCUAGCUUUAAAAUGAAAAAAACAACAAUGCAUUGAAUAUAUAAAUAGUAAACUUGAAGAUAGCUGUUAAAUAUUGAUGCACAUGUUGCACAUGUCUUGUAGUUCAUUUUAGUUUUUCUUUUUUUCUAUUUCUUUCUACAAAUAAUAUAACAUUUUUUUUAUACAAUGAUGAAAUACUCAAAUAUUUAUUUGGCAUUUUCAGAAAAAUUAUAUCAGUAAAUCGAUAGCGAAAGUAAAGAUUGAAUAACCCAAAUAUCUGAAGUACUUUGAAAUAUCCAGCUAUUUUUAAGUUUCUCUAUCCCCCCUCCCUUAUCCAGAAUCUACAGUUUUACAUUGGGCCAAAUUUACUUUUUUAAAAUCAUUAUCAUAAAUAAAACAAAUGAAACAUUUUCUAAAGAUAGCUGUAUUUUUGCACAUGUUAGUAUAUAUUGUUACAUAUGUCAGUGUAUUUUUUUUAAACAUAUGUUAGUGUUGUAUGAAACCAAGCAGCCUAUAAACAAACUUUUUUUUUUUCAUUUUUUAAUGUAACAAUCAUUGAUUGCGCCUAAUCUUAACCAAAGAACAUUAAGUGCAUUCUGCCUAGUGUAACAAAAAAAUGCAAAUUUUUUUGUUUGUUUUGUUUUCACCAUACUUUUGAGCGACCUUGCCCUACAAUGAAAUAUUUCACAUGUCAGACAAUAAACCUGUACACCAAGUCCAUAUAUAUUUUUUAAAAGAAGUACCUUGCACCUAUAGAUAAACGUUUGAUUUUAAAUCAGACUUAAACAUAUGCCAUGCAUAUCAAGAUAGUUACAUUCACAUAGCACUGGUUUAGAAAGUAAUGAUAAACUUAGCACUGGCCUAGAUAGCACCAUUGAGCAUAGCACUGGCCUAGAUAGCAACCUUGAACAUAGCACUGGCCAAGAUAGUAACACUAAACAUAGAUCUGGCCUAAUAAAUUCCAAAUUUAAAUGUAGUAUUUUAAUUAAUAUCUCCUUUUUUCUUUCAUAAUCAAAACUGUUGCCCCUCUAAUAUCUUUAGUUCAAAGGUUAUAGUUAAAUCUUUCUAUAAAAGUGCCAGAGUUCUUACCAAAUGUCAUUUGUCAUCAAAUUUUAUUUAUACUAUAUAUAUAGUUCAAAUUAUAUUUCUACAUACCAAUUCUGGUGUUUAAAAAUAUCUUACAAAAUUUUUCUUUUCAUUUCUUUCUUAAAAAUAUCACCAAUUUAUUCAAUUGAUUACUUUAUAACUGUAUAGUCCAUAAUGCAGUAUAUGUUAACUCAAGACUUGUCAUGUAUUUAUCAGUAUUAUUUCACUAAUGUCCAUUAUAAUGUACAGAGAAUAUAUACCUAUAUAUAUUAUAGAUAUAAACACAGGCCAACAGGCUAGUAAGAUUUGUGCGUGUGUGUGUGUGUGUGUGUAACUUCAUAAAUGUGUUGAUCAGGACAUAGCCGCGGAUUUUUUUCUGAACUUCCGUUGUCUUUUGGUUCAUUUUCUUUUACUCAGAGCUAAUCCGUGAAUAUAGCAGGUUUGGAACGCACUGAUCUAUAUAACUAUAAUUAUUACAAGAUAUGAGACGGCUGUACAGGCCUAGCAGACGACGAAAUCUGUGGAUUAGUUUUAAAUAGAUUUAAUAUUUAUAUAUAUAUAUUGUCCCUCCUAACGUCUACGUUAACAUAAGUACAAAUAAACAAACGCUCAAAUGAACUAAC